AUGAGCCCGUCUGAUGCAGCUGCUGGGUUUUUUCUUCUAUUUUUUGGAAUUGCUGGAAUAGCAUUAUAUUUUUUAAUAACCACGUCAAUGAUUCGAAUGGCCAGUGAAAUUGUUGGUUUUCGUUUCCUCAUUAGUCAAGCUCUCACAGAUAUUCUACUAAUGAUUCAGUUUGCUCUCUGGCCGGGAAUAGUCAUUCUGACACAGGAUGAGCUUUUACCGAUAUCAGUUCGAUGGCAUGCUCAUAUCUACUUAGAUUUUACUUGGUGGGCAAUGGUAUACCAUUAUACGAUAAUAGCAUGGUCAAGACUAGCUGCUGUUCAAUGGCCAAAUUGGUUUAGAACUUUACCCUAUGGAACAUGUGUCCUCAUAUGCAUUCUACCAUGGUUUAUAGGAUUGAUACAAUCAUUGGUUGAGCAUCAGUUUGUCUGGUUUGAACCAUUGUGGUUUAGCCCUCAAAACUACGGAAUGGAAGCAAAUUGGUAUGAAUAUGAGACAAGAGGAACAAGCACAUAUUACAUGUCUUUCAAUGUUGUCUUGAUGAUAUUACCUUUUCCAUUUUAUGUAGCUGCAUUGAUAAUGUUAUUUAAACGACAGAGACAACGAACAUUAGAAUUGCGCUCAAGAUAUUCUCGUGCGUCAAUGUCUUCCUCACUUUUUGCUGCUCAACGUCAAAUGAGCAUAGAAACAAGGCUUCUAGUACCAUGUAUUAUAAACACAAUUUUAUUUGUUGUUGGACAGAUUUUCAUUACUCAAUUAGCUAAGCAAGGCAAAUGGUGGAAUUGGGCAGUUAUGGUUGUAUUUGCAACCAACUCUUUCGUCAAUCCGCUUCUGUACUUAUUCUUCAGCAGUGUCAUACGGAAAGGUGUAAUGACAGAUCUACGAAAACGUUUCUCAUUCUCAGCAGUGUAUGAUUAUGAAUUACGUUCAAGUAGUCAAGAACAGAAAAGUUCUCUUGUUCGGUUGAACAAAGAUACAACUAUAUCAUCAAAUCUAAAUCGAAUGAUCUGA